AUGCGUUUGUAUGAGUGUGGGAGACUCAAUAAUGAAAAACUACGUCUUAUUUUUUUUCAGUCGGGAGAUUUCUCCCUUCACUACAUGUCAAAAAACCAAGCUCAACCCAUUAAGUGCAGGCACCAUUCCAGUCCUUCUUCUCCCUUUACAACCCCCUCUCCGCCUCGCUCACCUGCUCACUCGCUCGCUCGCGCUCACCUCAUCGCUAAAUUCUUUUCCCGUCGCUCCCGUUCAAAUUUUUAUCACCCAUGCGGCCAUUCCUUCCAAUGCCACACCUGCACUAAAGCACCGACAACGAUUUGCACACGAGUCAAGCCUACGCGAGUCACACACAAUUUAAAAAAAUCCAAGUCUAACCCUGCUCUAAUCGCAGAGGAUGCGGUAGCGGUAGCAUUCACCCACCAAAUGCUGCUCACAUUUCUCAUGCUAACAACUCCGAAUUUUAUCAAUUCAAGCUCAAUUUUCCACAGCAUUUCAAGACCACUGCCCGAAGCAGAAUUUUAUGCUCUCCAAGAUCCACACUUCCGUUGCAGCUUUCGUAAAUCCUCAGUUUAUUGGUUGUCCAUUUAUCUUAAGCAUUUUCUAGCUUAG